CCCAGCAGCCCUCAGCACUUCACAACAAGAAAGCCUUGGUAUAAAACGUAGCGUCGCAGGGGGAACCCUCCUAAGUGUCUCGCAGUCGCAGCAUGACCAGGACCCAGAGCCAGGAAGUUCGGAGUUAACAAGACAAUGCCAAGCUUAACCGCCGGACCCAUCAACACGCAACGCUUCAUCAUGGACAGAGAUGACAGGAAGAGAAACAAGAACAUUGGAAAGAACUUCAUAUGCCGCUUGCAGUGCAUGUUCUCCCACUCGUCCAGCUCGGAGAGCAGGCUAAGUUUAGAAGACACACAACAAUGGUCGCAGUCACUGGAACGGCUCCUCGAUUCUAAAUAUGGACUUGCUACUUUUCGUAACUUUCUCAAAUCUGAAUACAGCGACGAGAAUAUUGAAUUCUGGCUCACCUGCGAGGACUACAAGACAAUUAGGUCUUCUUUCCGAAUGUCCUCGAGAGCCAAGAAGAUUUACGAGCAGUACAUCAAACCAGAGUCGCCUAAAGAGAUCAACAUCGACUAUCACACCCGAGAGCAGAUCAAAAAGAACGUCAAGACUCCCACCGUCCACUGCUUUGACGACGCUCAGAAGAUAGUUUACGGGCUGAUGGAAAGAGACUCGUACCCGCGGUUCCUCCGCUCCGACAUUUAUAGAACUCUCCUGGAAAGCCUCGCCGCCGACGCCACAAAAGGAUGAAAAAACACGGACAGGAAGAGAGGGAACGGACAUGAAAACCCCAUAACUGGAAUGUUUGAGCUCCUUCAGGAGGAAAGAACUGACAACAAAGAAGGAAGGAGGGUCAAGCACCGAGCGAACGCAGGCUCGGCCUCCCCGGUCCUGCCGGCCCAGUCCCUACACAAACCCCGACGGGAAGCAGCCGGCGCGAUAACGGCCCCCCGUCUCGCAAUGCUAGCACUGGAUGAUAAGUUUGUGCAGGAUUGCUGAAGAUCUUUGAGUGAAUCGGCAGGACGACGGAGCCCCGAUCCGACUGCAAGCGUUGCACAAGCCGGCCGCUCAGCAGACGCCCUUUGGCCUUCUUUGCCGAGGUGUUUCCUCUGCAGAUAAAGAUUGAGGAUGUAAGAAGCGCCGCGGACGCACAUGAUUAGCUGUGUGUGUGUGUGUGUGUGUGUGCCAGCGUGCAAAAGAAAGGAAGAGAGACGAGGAAGAGCCAUUUUCUCCACAGAAGCGGCUCGAGAACGAGAGAAAAUCCUUAAUAAAAGGUUGUAGAAUGCCACUUUUGAUCCGUAAGAGGCACUCUACGACUUUUUUUGUACCCCUUUUUCCUUGGAUUGUGAAAAAUCACCGUGCAUAUUACUUUUGGUUGUCCACAAGUGAACCUUCGUUGCCAACAUUUGACGUUUUUAACUACUUCAGACUACACAGUAAAAAGUCUUUUGAUUUUAAAACAAAAAAAA